AUGACCCUCCCCACCCCGAAUUCCAUCGACUUUCUCAACGCGUUCAAGAACUUCAGCAACUUGAGUGACAACGCCGUAGUGCUCUCUAUCGUGGUGUCUGAGUACAUCCUGUAUAUCAUAAUCAUGGUGCUUCUGUGUGCUGACUUCAGCAGGAAGACUCUGUCCAAAGUGAGUCUAAUCCCGCCAGACCGGAUGCCCGCGCCUCACGUCUAUCAGCUCACGGUCACCACCGGGGCCAUGUUCGGGGCAGGGACCACCUCACGGGUCGCCUUUCAACUCUUCGGGUCAGAGGGCACGACCCCGAUCAAGGUGCUGAACCCUGGGAGAGAGGCUUUGGUUCGUGGAAGUACUUUACAUUUUAUCAUGCCUGUGCGAGAGUCACUUGGAGAAGUGAUGUCGUUGCGCAUCUGGCAUGAUAACUCUGGGGAAGGCGACACGUCAGCCUGGUUCCUCGGAAAUUUUCUCGUCAGAGAUGUAGAAAAGGAUGCAGUGACUUACUUCUGCUGUCACGACUGGCUGUCAGAGGACAAAGGUGACGGAGAGGUGCAGGAGGUGGUUCACGCAACCCCCAAGGAGGGGCUGAGGUCCUUCAGUAACGUCUUUACUGAGGCGACCACCAACCUGUUCUACGAUCACCAGCUGUGGACGUCUGCCCUUGUAGCACCACCAGGUUCCAGCUUCACCAAAGCCCAGCGUCUGUCCUGCUGCUUUACUUUGCUGAACACCAUGAUGCUGGCCAGCGCCAUGUGGUACCAGACAGAUGACACAACUGCUGACACGAAAGUGUACAACCUGGGGAUCACUCGUUUCACAGUAGAGGAGCUGUACACAAGCCUUAUGACAGCCUUGACCGUAGCUCCGGUCAACUUGAUGAUCGUACAGCUCUUCCGCAUGGAGGCACCACUGGCUGCCAACACUGCGGAGAUGUCAGUCAUUAUGCAAGGUAUGGAAAAAUUUUCACCUAAAAAAAUCCGCCCACCUACCAAAGCCAACUGCCAAGGAGCUAGAAAGAAACGGGAACUCAGUAAGAAGUCAGCCUCGACACUCAAGGAGCUUCUUCUCUUGUUCAUCUUUGUGGCCGUCCUUUUCUACAUUGCCCAGGCAAACAACGACCAACACAUCUUCUAUGAGAAACGCACGCUGUCCACCACUGUUCUACGUGGAUUUGACGAAAUCAGGACUCCCGACCAGUUCUACACGUGGGCUGAAGAAGUGCUGCUGCCGACCCUGUACCCGUCCACCUGGUACAACGGGAGGAAAAUGAAGUUCUUAGACCGUCAGUUUGCACAGAACACCGAGUCCUUCCGUGUGGGCCCUCCUCGCUUGAUGCAAGUAAGACGACGUCCAGAUGUCAGUACAUGGAAGACUGGUGCUGGCCUAGGCUGGAGCCUGUCUGUACAGAACAUGUCCUAUUCCUGCUGGCGAUUUGCGGUUCCGGAUCUUCUGAAUCACACCAAGUUUCACACAUUAAACUCCACCAACCAUCACUCCCUGGACUUGCCUCUUGAUUAUGACUCCGCUGUGUCGUUCUUCCGUGCCUUGAAGGACUUUGAAUUUCUGGAUAAGUACACGGUUUCCAUGGCGAUUGACAUAAACUUCUACAACCCGAGCCUGAAGUUGUUCAGCGUUGUGCACCUUGUCCUAGAUCAUUCCGGAGUAGGUGAGCUGGGAUUUGAACGUUUUGUGGACCUGACAGCUGCUGCAUGGUGGGAUGAGUGUCUCGCGCACGCCGUGGGUAUUGUUGUGUUCAUCAACACCGUCGCCCUGCUCCGUGUCGUCCGCUUCAGUCAGACCAUCGGCAAACUGCUGGCACUUCCCGGCAUCAUGAAGGACGAGCUCCUCUCGUUCUUAGUCGUCGCUGCCGUCGCCUUCAUAUCUUUUAUCAGUGCAGGAUACCUUAUCUUCGGGACUCACCUGAAGUCUUACUCCGACUUGUACCACACAACCUUCGCUCUCUUCGAGAUGAUGCUUGGAAGGUUCUUCGCCAGUGACAUGCUGGAGGCGAACCCUCUCAUCGGCCCGAUCUUCUUCUCCUCCUUCAUGAUCUGUAUCUUCACCCUCCUGAUGAACUUCCUCAUGUCCAUCGUCUGUGACGCCAUUUCCGCCGACGUGGACGUUGACCAUGACCAGGACCUUGCCGAGCACAUGUGGAGCAGCGUCUGUGCCAAGUUGGGUCUGCACAGCCCUCCCAAGAAAGAGGUCCAGGAACAAGGUGAGCUGAAGCUGGAAAAGCUGCAGGAAAACCUGCGAGUCAUCCAGGAGCAACUUGAUGAAAGUCUGGACAUCUGUGACUCCUUCAUGCCUUCACGCCGUCGCUACAACCUGGACAAGCCCAGUACUAGCUCUACUCCUCAGUGUGAAGUAAAGAUUGUCAUCCAGCAUGCUGAGGAUGACUAA